ACAAAAAAAAAAAAAGAUUGUCCUCAAUUUUGGCCCAGUCGACACUCAUCCCCCAAAUCCCAGUUCACAAUUUCAGCCUUCAAGCCAUUCACGGUUUCAGCCUUCAAGCAAACCAAGCAGACACCUGCUUCAUUGUCCCGUCGGGCACCGAUUUCACUCCUUCUUGCCGCCAAUCCCACCACCACAACCUCGACUUCACUCUUCGCCGCCAAUCCUAUCGCCCCAGCUGCAGCCCUCAGUUUCACUCCUCCUCGUCGCGACUCCGCCACUCAUCCACGGCUGCGCCUGCGCACCGCCAGACCCGAGGGAGGAGGUGCCUGUGAAAAAGGGCACGAUCUACAUGAUCUCGGGAGGACCAACGGAUGGGGAUUCAAAUAAUGCACGAAAGGGGCACGUGCGGGCGGUGAAGCGUAAAAGAGAGGAAGUCGGGAUAACUGGUCGGAUGCCGGUGAUAAGUUUUCGAGCAGAAGAUGCGGAAGGAGUCUCGUUACCCCACAAUGACGCACUGGUCAUCACGGCCGAAGUGGCAGGGUUCGAUGUAAAAAGAGUGUUCAUCGACACGGGGAGUUCGGUCGACGUGAUGUUCUAUGAUUGUUUCGCGCAGAUCAACAAGCACUUGAAUCUGGAAUUAAAACCGGUGGCGACGGCCUUAUACGGGUUUAAUGGUGGGGAGAUAAUGCCAAUGGGAGAAGUGAGCCUGACCGUAGCAUUGGGGUCAGGUGACUCGAGGAAAGUGAGAAUGAUCCGGUUUGUGGUGGUCGGAGCAGAAUCGUCUUACAAUAUCAUUCUAGGACGGACAGGUUUAAACGCGUUCCAAGCAGUCGUGUCUACCUACCACAUGACGAUCAAGUAUCCUGUGGGGGAAAAUGUAGGCGAGGUUGCAGGGGACCAACUCACGUCGAGGAGUUGCUACCAGACCACAGUCAGUAACAACAAGCAGAUGGCGGAGAGGCAGUUGAAAGGUAAAGAGGUGAGGCCUGAUCGACCAGGAGGAUCACGGUCGAAAGAGGAGAGAGGAGGACAAGAUAAGGGGAAGGAGAAGAUAGAUAUACAGCCCGGAGAGGAGAUUGAGGAAAUUCAAAUGGUGCAGGGAUGCGAUGACCGAAAAUUCAGAAUCGGAAAAGAUUUGGGGGAGCCGGUCAGGUCGAAGUUGAUCAAUUUAAUAAGGGAAUUUACUGACAUCUUCGCGUAUACAACGGACGAGCUGACAGGGAUCGAGGCCAGUGUGAUUGAGCACAGACUUAACAUUGAUCUUAGUGUCAAACCGGUGAAGCAAAAGAGAAGGCAUCAUGGUGCGGAGAUGGACAAAAUCAUCGAGCAGGAGGUCGACAAGCUGUUGAACGCUGGACACAUUAAAAAGAUUCAGUUCCCCGAGUGGUUAUCCAAUACAGUCAUGGUGUCCAAAUCAGGAGGGAAGUGGAGGAUGUGCAUCGAUUUCCGUGAUCUAAACAAGGCUUGCCCGAAAGAUCUUUACCCGCUGCCAAGGAUCGACCAGCUGGUGGACUCCACGGCAGGAUGCGAGUUGCUUAGCCUGAUGGACGCCUCUCAGGGAUAUCACCAGAUCCCCUUAGCAAAGGAAGACUGGAAGAGGGUGAGUUUCAUAACAAGCAAGGGCACUUAUUGCUAUGUAGUCAUGCCAUUCGGACUAAAGAAUGCCGGGGCCACCUACCAACGUCUCGUCGACCAAAUUUUCAAAGACCAGUUGGGGAGGAAUAUGGAGGUGUAUGUCGACGACAUGCUGGUGAAAAGCAAGAAGGAGGACGACCACGCGGCUGACCUGAGGGAGACCUUCCAGACAUUAAGGAGGUUUGGCAUGAAGCUCAACCCGGCUAAGUGCUCGUUCGGGGUAAAGUCGGGAAAGUUCUUGGGGUACAUGGUGACAAAGCGAGGGAUAGAGGUGAAUCCUGAAAAAGUAAAAGCGGUGAUCGAAAUGAAGCCACUGGCUAAUGUGAAGGAGGUCCAAAUACUAACUGGUCGGAUAGCGGGCCUAAGCAGAUUCAUUUCCAAGGUGGCCGAAAAGAGCAGCCCUUUGUUCAAAACCCUGAAGAAAAGCUCGAAAUUUCAGUGGACAAAGGAAGCCCAAAAAGCCUUCGAGGAGUUGCAGAGGACGCUGGCUAACUUGCCCUUAUUGGCCAAGCCAAUUCACGGAGAGGAGCUCGUGCUCUACAUAUCGGUGGGCGAGAGUGCUGUAAGCUCAGUAUUAUUACGAGAAGAAAGAGUGGCACAAUUCCCAAUUUAUUAUGUCAGUCGGGUAAUGCAAGGAGCAGAGUUGAGGUACUCGGAAAUUGAGAAAUGUGCACUGGCGGUGGUCGUGACAGUUCGGAAGCUGAUGCCAUACUUCCUGAACCACAAAGUCAAGGUGCGCACAAACAUGCCGUUGGAGCAGACUUUAGGUCGACCAGCAGUGUCUGGUCGACUAGUAAAGUGGGCGGUCGAGCUGAGCGAGUACUCUAUAAAAUAUGAACCAAGAAAGGCGAUCAAAGGGCAGGUGUUGGCCGAUUUCAUACAGGAAGGUACAAAGGAGGAGGAAGAUGGCGGAGGAAUGUGGCA